CCCAUGCGCGUGUGGGUCAAGAACCCGGAGGUUGGUUGCCGUCUGUACGUGCCGGCGACGCUGGACGGCGACGUCGUUCGUACUGACAUGCGCCCGUCCGUGGCUCUCCCGCUAUCCACAACGGCGACAUGGCCGCUCGACGGCGCCGAGGCCGACGUCCCCGAGGACCUCACGAGCUUGGCGCACGCUCACGAGCCCGCAGUGCUCGAUGCAUUACAGCGGCGCUUCGAAAUGGGCGAACACGUGACGUUCGCGGGUCAUUCGGUGCUUGUGGCGCUGCGCCCAGCGAAGCCAAUGGCGCAGCCACCGCGGGCUCUGCUUGCGCUUGUAGACGCUGCGCUACAGCAGCUGCGCACGCCGUUCGGGCGGAAGCACCAAACGAUCCUCAUCUCGGGCGACAGCGGCGCCGGCAAGUCGUCCGUCGCGCGCACCGUCCUUGCCCACCUUGGCGAGACCGUCGCGUCGCAGCGAGAACGCGUGUUGCCGCUCACCGCGUCCAUCGUCAUCCUCGACGCGUUCGGCUCCGCUCGCACGACCGGAAAUGCGACGGCGUCCCGCUUUGGCAAGUCGACCAAAGUGCUCUUUGACGACGACGGCUGCCUCGUCGGGUGUGCGACCGAGUGCUACCUCGUUGACGCCACGCGCAUCACGGCGUGCCCGGAGAGCGAGGGCACGUUCGAUAUCUUACACCAGCUCGUGCACGACCUCUCGCCGACGGAGAAGAUAGCGCUGCACUUGCUACACCCGACGUAUGCGUUCGUUCCAACGGGCGCGCCGCAUGGCCGACUCCAAGACACGAGAGCGGCGCUCGAGGCCUGCGGCAUCGCUUGCGUCGAAGGUAUCCUGCGUGUCCUCGCGGCCAUCUUGCUGCUCGGCAACCUCGCGCUGGAUGGCGACGCGGCGGACGUGGCGGCAAUCGAGAUGCUCUUGGAGCUGCCAAAAGGAUCUCUCGCGGGCGAGCUCUGUCUGCAUCCGUCGCAGGAGCCGCCGCUUGUCGUUGCAGCCCACGCCCUUGCCCAAGGCUUGUACAAGCACCUUGUCUUGAGUCUCGCGCGUCGCUUGAACCAGAAUCUUGGCCCGCCCAGUGCGACGUCGAGCACCAAGUCGAUUGAAGUGUGCGACCUCUUCGGUCUGGAUUUGGCGCCGUCAACGUCCCAUGGACUCGUCCAGCUCUGCCGACACUAUGCCAGCGAGAAGCUGCACCAGUUCUUCGUCCAAUUUACGUUCAAGCUCGAGCAGCGCAUUUACGCCGCCGAGAAGAUCGCGGCGCCGUCGCUCGUCUUCCACGACAACCAAAGCGUCCUCGACCUGCUCGACAAGCAGCCGCAGUGUCUUUUGAGCAUCCUCGAACACACGUCCGCGCAGCGCCACGGCGCCGACUCGGCUGCCUUCAUCACGAAACUGGAGGCCGUCUUUGGCGACCACGCUAAGUUCGCCCGCGUCGGCAGCGCACCCGACCACUUCAUCGUGCGGCACACGGGCGGCGACGUCGUGUACGACGCGAGGUCGUUCGUGCGCGACAACAAGAGCGACGUGCCCAAGAACCUCGUCCCCAUCGUCCAGGCGUGCAUCGCUGCGGCGCUCAGCAGCCCCCUGAGCCUGCGCCGGCGCCGGUCUCUCCGGAAUCUCGUGACGCUGGCCAGCAAAUUUAGCGCCGACAUUGAGCGGCUCUGUAUUUCGCUGUGCCGCACGGAGCCCCACUUCAUCAAGUGCCUUCAGCCGUCGCGGACGCCUGGUACGUUUGAUGCGGCGGUCGUGGCCGAUCAGCUUGAGCGCCUCGGCAUUCUGGACGUCGUGCGACUUCGUCAGACCGGCUACUGCUACCGCACGACGUUUCCCGAGUUUUUAAGCCAAUUUGCGUGUCUGGAACGCUUCCUCAAGCCUUUGGCGGUGCCACCGACGGACCUGCGGCAUCGCUGCGAAGGGCUUCUCGACCGCCUCUGGCAACACGCAGAGAUGGCGACUCUGCCGCGCUCCGAGACAGUGCAACUCGGUGACCGGUUCCUCUUUUUGCGCAAGGCUGGGGUCGACGCGAUCGAGUCGAUGCAAGCGACGUUGCAGGCCGUCGUCGAUCACGACGCGACGCUGCUGCAGAAACGCUGGCGCGGCCACUUCGUCCGAGUGCGCUUCCGCGUGCUGCGUGCGGCCGUCAUGACGAUUGCGACGACGUGGCGAGCAUACAAGCGCCGCACCCGUCGCCCGAUACAGUCGCGCUACGAGGCGUGGAAGGCCCGGCGCACACCGCGCAAGUCGGUACGCCGCAACUCCAAGCAGUCGAUCGUCGAUGACGCGACGCACCUGCCGUUGCCCGAGUCCCCCGUCGAUGCGGCGCCUGUGAUGCCUCUGCCUCCGACAAUGACCCUGCCCGUGGCCGAGCCCCGAGCCAGCACGCCACCACCAACCAUUGCGCUGCCAACGCCGUCGAGCCCGUCGACGGAGCCACCUCAGUCGAUGGAGCCUGCGGUUGUCGUCGCCGCGGUAUCGCCAAGUGCGCAGCGACCGCGGUCGUCCUCCCUUCCGCCACUGCUCCUACUCGUGCUCGCUCUCCGGGUGCAAGCACUCUACCGGGGCUUUCGGGUGCGCCAGGACAUGGCCAUGGUGAUGCACAUUCUGAGUAUCAAGCGGCGCAUCCGCGUGACACUCGCGGCCGCGCAAAAGCUGCAGUCGUGGACGCGCAUGCUCCACGCGACGUCGUUCUUCCAACGCGCCCGCCGCGCAGCGACUACCCUCCAGCGUUGGAGCCGACGGGUGGCACAACGCAGAGCAGCAAUCACGACACUGGCCAUGCGCCUCAAGAUUCAAGCAGCUGCCCGCGGCUUCCUCGUUCGCAAUGAGGUGCGACGACGCGUCCAUGCCUCGACUUGCACAUGCACGUAG